AUUUAUUGUAUUUAUUAUUGUGUAUUUAAUUUUAUAAUUAUUUUUUCAGUGAUACACUAGCGUUGUUUGGAAGUUUAUAAAAAAGAUUUUUUUUUAAGAUGUCGGACUCAUCUGAUGGAAAUUUGGAGUUAAAACCUGUAAUAGUAACUUCAUCUUCACCAACCCCGGUAAAAUCAACCGCAGUGGUAAAAUACUCCACAGUAGCCCCAGCAACCUUCGCGCAGCUCCAAUGCAACACCAAUCUAAACCACCCCCCGUCAAACUGGCUAAGCAGUUCCGCGGAGAGCUACGGCCUCCAGAGUAUCCAGCCCCCAAACACCGGGUUCUCCAGUUUCCGAAUGGCCCAAAUGUUCCCUGACUGCGUCGGCGAUGUCGACGUGGUCUCCGACGCGGAGAACAUAAAGAAACUCCUAAAAAUGCCUUACAGCCACGGGGUAGUUUCAAUGAUGGUCCACCGAAUUGAGAACACUUUACUCCUGGACGACUUUGACAUCCAGAAGUACCUCUUACGUCAGGCUGAAAGCGACUGGAAGUGGUUGAAAGAAUUCAUCUACCAGCACGUGUUCCCCCCUGAAGACAAAGAGAAGCGUCUGUCCCACCGACCGAAUAGCAGGAACGCGAUCCAGCAGCGGAACCUGACCUCCAAGUUCCUCUACCACUCGCUAGUCCCUUCUGCAGAGCCAAAGCCGCUUCCGACUCCGCCCCUGCCCCUUCAGAAGUUAGAAACAGAACCUACUCCACCCCUUCCUGAACCAAGCGAAGAACCUGGUCCCGGUCCAAGAAGCCACUUCUCCAGAAACAUAGUCUGGACCUUUGAGAACAUCCAGAUGCUAAUUGGAACCAAUAUGCCGAUUUUCGGGGGCCAAACUCAUCCCUGUAUCUCCCUUAGGCUCAGAGACAUGAACAAGCCUAUCAACGUCCUGACUGGCAUCGACUACUGGCUGGACAAUCUGAUGUGCAACGUCCCUGAAGUGGUGAUGUGCUACCACCUGGACGGAAUUGUCCAGAAGUACGAGCUGAUAAAAACUGAAGAUCUUCCCAAUUUGGAUGACGCUAAGUUCAGUCCCAAGGUGAUCAGGGACGUGGCUCAGAAUAUUCUGAGCUUCCUGAAGAAUAACGCGACGAAAGCUGGACACACUUACUGGCUCUUUAAGGGAAAAGAUGACGACGUAGUCAAGCUUUAUGACCUGAGUUCCCUUUGCAGUGAUAUUCCUGAAGACAAGGGCCAGAAUCCUUUCACUGUUCCUGUUGCCAUGUUGCUCUACCGCGUUGCCAGGAACAUGAAGUACUCUAGUGAUUCAGGGUAUCAAGGAACGAUCAGGAUGCUCUUGAAGAAUUGCAUUGACCUUCUGGAUAUCGAGAAGUAUCCCCAGAUCGUUACAUCCGCGCAUUAUAUGCUUUCGGAUCUGUACGUUCCAGCAGAUACUGAUCCAGCGGCGCCUGUUUUGAUGGAGCAGGAAAAAGAGGAGCAGAAUACCAGUUCCGAAGCCGAAGGAGAGGAGGAUGAUGUAGGAGAGGGAGAGAUAUCUAUCCAAUCGUUGACGCUAACGCAUAUUAGGGAGGAGGAAGUAGGGUGCAAGUUCAGGCCGCCUCCGAUCAGUGGAACUGUCGCGGAACGCUGUUUGGACGGAUUGAGACAUGUUAUGGAGGGGUUAGAAUGCUUGAAAUACUUUCCGGAGGAGAAGGAAGAAAAGGAGGAGGAGGUUCUCAAGAUGGCCAAGUCUUUUGAAGCUAUUCCGAUGCCGUAUGAGAGUUUGAAGGAGGAGAAGAAGAAAAAAAAGAAGGAGAGAAAGAAGCAUAAGGAGAAGGAUGAGAGGAAUAGUAAAGCGGUUUGCAAGAAGAUGGAGAACUUACCGACCUGGCAGAAGAAGAGCGAUAUUCAAGAUUGGAAGAAUCAUUUGAAAAUUCUGUUGUAUGAGAAAGCGACGCUGAUUUUUGCGGUUUUGGGAGAGUAUGAGUAUACGAACCAGAGGUUCGGGAGGUCGCUGAGGUAUAGCUUGGCGGUGCUGAGGUGUCAUCGGAUUUUGGAGAUUUUUUGUGGGAUGAAGAAUGAUAAGUUGAUUAGUUAUUUGUUGGGGAGGGCUGGAGAUUGCUGUUUGAUGAUUGUUCAUGAUUGGCAGAAUAUUGAGGAACACAAGAGGGCGUAUGAAGAGGCAGAUGAUGUUGAGGUUAGAAUUGUCAGCGAGCUGUUUGAUAUGGAUAUGAAUGUAGAAGAGCUGCUUCCAGAAACCUUAACAACCCUGGAAGCGAUCUUAGUAGUCUCUUUAAAUUGCUACGAGCAAGCCUUAGCCCUAGGACCACUUGAACCCGACAAGAACAUCCUAAUCCGUCGUCUAGGAAACAUCCACAAUGAGCUAGGUGUCCUCUACAUGAACCAAGCUACCUCAAAAUACCAGCAAGUAGACCAGGAAGAUUCUACCCCUGUUGCUGAGGUAACUUCCUUGCUGAAUAAGUCCUGCCAGCACCUAGAGGCCGGGGUGAAGGCUUUUGAAACCAGCAAAGAUGACGUCAAUCUGGCUCUUCUUCACUCGAAUUCAGGCAGAUUGAUGAGGACCUGGGCCCAUAUUCCUGACAAGAGUCAGAGCCAGGAGAAGUACUUCUACAACAAAGCAAUCAUGAGUUAUCAAACCGCCCUACAGGUUCUUGGGAGCAAGAAAACCAAUCCUUUUAUCUGGGAGGACGUCACCUGGGAGCUGUCUAGCACCCUUUAUGCCAUGGCAACUUUGACUCAAGAUUUCAAUAAUAGCAAUCAUAAGACUGAAGAAGAAGUGACCAGAGAAGUAGUAGAACUUUUACAAAAAGCUCUCAAGUACUGCGACACUGUGACACCAGGCCCUCGGCAGCCGAUUUACCAGUUCCGGGCCGCGAACAUCCAGCACCGUCUCGGGUCACUCUACCACCGCGUUUACCGCGAAUUGGACCAAGAGGAAGUCAACAAACGCAAAACUUCACUACAAUUAAGCCGCCUGCACUAUGAAAAAGCGGCGAUAUUGUUCAUGGCGCUCGAGCAACCAGUUGAGUUCCUCACCGUUCAGAUGGAGCGCGUGGCGCUUGCGGAACAUCAGGCAUCUACCUCAACAUUUACAAAAAAAUUGAAAGCUUAUCAGUCAGGCUUGGAUUUAAUUUUGGAAGCCAUCCCAAUGUUGGAAAUCAUGAUCGAGAAGCACAAGGACGAUAAAAUCAAGUUCGAUGGAAAUAAAGAAAACUUAGAAGUUAUGAAUGGAGAAAAUAAAAAUAAAUAUUCUGAAGAAGACAAAGAGAAUCAGGAGGGAAAGCUUCAGAAUUUGAAAAAAGAGAGUCAAGAAGAGAGUGAAGAAAAUCAACAGAAUGAAAAAGAGGAAAAUUUGAUUGUUUUGAUGGAACAAAGGUUGCAAUAUUUGUUGAAGUCUUUGGCUAAAUUGUGUAUAGACAAAAACGCUAAUAAAAAAGAGUAUGACAAUUUGUCCAGCACCUACAAAUUCUGUUACGGAAAAACUCUGCGCCCAGUUAAUAAAUCAGGAGUCGAUUUGUUGGAGCAUCUUGUGAAGGUUUUCACUGAAAUAACUCCGAAAAUUCGGCAGCUCAACGACUAAAAAGUUUUUUUAACUUUUUCACAAUUAUUACUGCAGCUAGAGAGUGACUUAUAUAAAUCACAGAUAUAAAUGUAUAUACUGUAUUUAAGUAUUUAUUAAAUAAUAAAUGGGUUUUGUUUUUUAUAAA